AUGCAAAAAAUAAAAAAUUCUAUUAUGAAUUCUCUAACAACAACGUCAACAACGAAAGUUCGAAGUAAUUCAGUUGCUGCAUCCAUUACACAUGAUAUUGAAAAAUUUCAUGUCGCCAAAAUAUCAUCACCAUCAUUAAUGGCAAAGAUUGAUUAUCGUGUAUAUAUUAUCAUACACGCACUCGACAAUGAAAUUCACUCAAAAGAAGAAAAAACAAAAUAUAUAGAUAUAGCUUUAAUAUUUUGUAAAAAUAUCAAGAUGCCAUUGGAAGGUAGUUAUGCAAUAUGGAACAAUCGUGGCGGUUCUGGUAAAACAAAUUUAGCAUAUCAUUUAGCCAUUAAAUAUGCUUAUAGAAAUCCAGAUAAAACAAUAUUAGUCGUUGAUAUGUGUCCACAAGCUGAUUUAUCACAUGCAUUUUUAGGUGACGAUGAAAAUGGUCACGAUUAUGUAACACAAAUUGGCUCGUUAAGAAAAGAUCCAAUGAUAUUAGAUAGUCAACAACGUAUACCUAAAACAAUAUCAGGAUAUUUAGAUCUUUAUACGUCAGUCGGUUUGCCUACAAAUGUUGAUCCACGUACAUUUUUAUUUAAUGUAUCCAAAUUUAAUAAUAUGUUGCCUAGAAAUGUUUAUUUAUUAUGCGGUGAUCCAUCUUUAGAACUAUUAAGUAAAGCACUUGAAAUAAAACGAAGUUCAAAUAUCAUCACACCAUACACAAAUCCUUGGCGUAGCAUAACACAAUCUUUGCGUACAUUUAUUUUAAAAAUUGGUGAACGUCGUGGUAUUAAACUGAUGGCAUUUAUUGAUACAAAUUCAUCAUUUUCUAUAUGUACAGAAAUCGCAUUGACAGCUGCUGAUCGUAUUCUUCUACCAGUUAGUGAAGAUCAUUUACAUCGUAACGGUUUCGAAUAUUUAUUUUCGUUAUUAUACGGCUUUUCUCAACCAUCCAAUGUCUACUAUUAUUAUCGACAUUAUUCGUUUUAUUAUCGAGCAGAUGAAAACGGUGUUAAACUACCAAAAAUACAUUUAAUAUUAUGUACAGUAAAAGAACAAAAACAACAUCAACAAACAACAAAUAAUACAAGUGAUAUUGAAAAAUGUUGGCGAUUUGUCUUUGAUAUUUAUACAAAACAUCGUGAUGCAUUCGAAUCUUAUCGUUCAUCGAUACCAGCUCUUCUAAAUAAUAAUUAUAAUGUGACUACAACUACACCACCGUCUUCCUCAUCAUCAGCAUCAUCGACAGCAUCAAAUACCCAACAUCAUCCUCAUUCAGAUAGUAUAUCAAUAUCGAAUAAUACUCAUAAUUAUUCAUCAUUGUCAUCGAAUCAAAAUGGUGCACAAACAUUUCAAGAAUUUAUGAAACAAUAUGUUAUUCAUAUUGGUACUGAUACAAAUAUUGUUUCACGUAUUGCUGUCAAAGCACAUUCACCAUUAUUAGCCGUUAAAAAUCCACAUCCUGAACAUGCAACAUGUGCACAAAGUUUUGAUAAAAUAUUAAAUGAAAUAGUUGAAAGGAUUUGA